CGUCGACUGUGAAAAGCGUCGCGACGCCUGAACGCGCACAGGGACGCCGACGCCUCCUAUAAAAUAAAACCGGCUUUCGGAUCGGGGCUUGUGUGUUUUCCAGUCAGUCAGUCAUUCGGCAGCAGUCAGCUUCGGUGUUUAGUGAGUGAAUUUCACCUUAAUCAAAUCAACCAAAAAUCAACAAUGGCAGCCUGGGUCGGAAAGAAGUACAAGAUGGACAAGUCCGAGGGAUUCGAUGACUACAUGAAGGCUCUCGGUGUCGGAAUGGUGCUCCGCAAGCUGGGCAACAGCAUCUCGCCAACGGUCGAGCUGAUCAAGGAGGGAGAUGAAUUCACAUUCAACACGUCCUCAACCUUCAAGAACACCACCAUCAAAUUCAAGCUGGGUGAGGAAUUCGAGGAGGAAACCGUCGAUGGUCGCAAGGUCAAGUCGGUGUGCACCCUCGAGGGCGACAACAAGCUGAUCCACGAACAGAAGGGCGAAAAGCCAACCACGAUCAUCCGCGAGUUCACCGACACCGAAUUGACUGCCACCAUGACCGCCGGAAGCGCCAAGUGCGUGCGACACUACGUUGCCUGCUAAAUGUCCUCCGACCUGAUGAUGUUGAUCCGUUACUCUGAGUUCCGAAAACCGCGCAUGCCUUCACAAAUGUCAGCGUGAUCGCGCCGAAAACAUAAACGACACAACAAUCCAACUUCCCCCUAGUCACACAUCUCGUCGUUGCACCACCCGAUAGAGCAAUCGAUGUCGAUCGAUCGGCGUAGUCCUCGCGGCAGUCCAAACAACAACAACAAACCUCGCGUGUUGACCACGAAGAACAAGAACUCACGGGGCAACGGAUCGCCAAUUUCUUCCGAGAGCCAGCAAGCAUGCAAGCAAGCAACCAAUCCAGACUCACACAAACAGUCGUGUAACACAAUUCCAUUCGAUAUAUUAGAUUAACAUAUAUAUCAUUGUAACCUCCCUUCAUUUAAUUACAUACAUACUCUCAACGUAUAAGAAGAAGACAUCACUCAAACAAACAAACAAAAAUUUCCUUUAUUAAUUUUUUUCUUUCGGUUUUUUCUUUGAUUAGAAAAAUUUCCAUAUGAUAAGCGUUGUUGAACAAACUUUGGAAUUGUUUUAAAAAUCCAGCAUUUUGUAAAGAAUAAUAAUAAACGAUAAAAACUUUGAACUAUA